AUGACUGCAGCAAACACAUCCCCCUCCGACGCAACUUCUUCGUCCUCAGAAACUCACGCGCAACGAUUUGCUAAUGAUAGUGAGUAUAAUGAUAACAACACUACCGAUAACCAUCGCAAGUUUUCACUCUGGGAUCUAGUUCCACGAACAAAAUGGUCCAUCCUAUAUAUGCUAGUCACAAUCAUCUUCACAGCCACAAUUCUCGUCUUAGAAGCCCUCAUCUUUGCCUGGUUCACGUCUGGCUUUGGUAAAACUUCCAUCGAUCAAAUGUCCACAUCAGACAGACAGGAGUUCAUUUCGCUUAAAUCAACCAUCCCAACAUACAUGGCCCUUUUCAUUUUUGCCGGCGCAUAUCAAAUCGGCGUUGCAUUUCUAGCCCUUAGCCGCAAAAACACUUUCCAGCUCUUGCUUCUCAUUGUCUUUUCCUUUGCUAUGCUCAUCUAUGCUGGCAUCCAAUACGACCAAAUCAGAGACUCUUACACACUCAUCAAUUCAGACCACACCCUCAAGUCACAACAAAUCCGUUCUAUCAUUAUUGCAAUCCCAUGUAUAAUUGCUGGCGAGUGCGUCAUCCUCAUGAUUCUCUCCUGGAGACUCUACCUUGAAAAUAAUAAAAAAAUCUUUCAGGAAAUCGGUGCGUCAAGUUCCCGCAAGCGUGCGCGCCGUGAUCUUCGCAUUUUCGAAACAAUCAUCCUCUUUGACUUCUUCUUUUUUGUCGGCUUCACUCUCCAGUUUGUGCUCAUUAUUCUUGAAACAAAGGGCGUCGAGUUUGGACUCACCAUUGCUGUCAUACCUGUUACUGCCAUAGUUCUGCUAGUGGCUGUCAUUGCUGUCUACAAGGAAAUUAGAGCCAUCGUUUACCUCUUCCUUGUAUUUUGUCUGGCGGGUCUGGCCUAUUUCCUUUACAAGCUUGUGCGCAUCUAUACUACCAAAGGUGAAAAACAUGACCAAUACAUCAAGGCCUCUAAGACCCUUACUGUUUUCGCUGCAAUCACUAUUGCCUUUUUGAUUAUCACUAUGCUCAUGACCUUGAAAUGUUUAAGCAACUUUGGCUACAACCAUGGCAAGUCGUUUGGAAACAUGGCUGACGAUGAUAUUGAUCUCGGAGGCCCAGAACCUGUCACAGAUGAUGGGUAUAAUAUGCAAGAAGCUUACUACUCGCAAAGCAAUACAAACUACGACGACGCGACAAGUGUUGGUACAGGACAUAGUGGACACAAUGGGCGUAGUGUGCAUAGUAGCCGAACAGACACUAGUAGUGUAGACGCUCGGCCACACCUCCCAGGGGGCGAUAUACAUACUGAUCCCAGUCUAGGCAACAACAAUAACGAAUACGGCGGAGGUGACUUGAGCGCGGGGAACCGUGACUCUGACCAUACAGCAGCCACUGCCAGUUAUUAUGAUGGCCAAAUUACAGCAGACAAGCCUGGUGUGAAAUACUCAUCGGCGCACCUGACAGACGGGAAAGAAUACGACUACGGCGAUGAAGAGGAGGAGAUGUAUGAUGCACAUACAGGGAGUUACGAUAUUCAUCAAGACAAUAAAAGUAAGAAUAACGGGGGUAUCCAAUAUUCGAAAGAAUGA